AUGAUACCAUUAUGUGAACAAUUAGGAGUAAAAAAUGAUAUUUUUUGCAUUAUUUCGUUUUAUGAGAGUAUUAUAAGUGAAAUGAAAUUUUCAUAUAAUCAUUUAUAUGACUCAGUUAUUAUAUUAAAAAAUAAAAUAAAUGAUAUAGAAAAUUCUAUAGAAAUCUCUAAAAAAGAAAAUGAUUAUUUAGUUAAGGAAAAUGAUACAUUAAAAAAUGAAAUAAAAACCAAAAAUAAUUUUGUUAAUACUGAUAUAUUAAAUAAUAUAUUAUGUAAUAAAUUAGACAAUCGUAUAAUUGAAAAAAAUAAUGAAAAAAACAUAUUUACUGAAAAUAAAAACCACUUAAAUAAUUUAAAGAAACUUUCAUCAAAAAAAAAUGAUGAAUUCAACAGUGAUAUUUUCUUGUUAGAUAAUUUUAAUUUUACAAAGAAAUGUAAUGGUGCAAAAUCUGAAAUAAAAAAUGUUCAACACCAUUUGAAGAAAUUAUUUCAAUUGAAGAAUUCGUCUGAAAAUAUAAUAAAUUGUACUGAUGAAAACACAAAUAAUACAGAAAUUAUAAAAUUAAGAGAAGCUAAAUUACUAAAGAGACAUUUUAAGUUAAAAAAUUAUUUGCGAUUGGAUAGUUCAGAUAUAUAUAAAAAUUCACAAGGUGAAAAUUUAGAAAGUAGUAGAAAUUCAAAAGUAGAUGAAAAUUCAGAAAAUGAUGAAAAUUUAGAAAUUGAUAAAAACUCAGAAAAUAAUGAAAAUUUAGAAAUUGAUAAAAACUCAGAAAUUGGUAAGAAUUUAGAAAAUGAUAAAAAUUUAGAAAGUAAUAGAAAUUCAAGAAUAGAUGAAAAUUCAGAAAAUGAUGAAAAUUUAGAAAUUGAUAAAAACUCAGAAAAUAAUGAAAAUUUAGAAAUUGAUAAAAACUCAGAAAAUGAUGAAAAUUUAGAAAGUAAUAGAAAUUCAAGAAUAGAUGAAAAUUCAGAAAAUGAUGAAAAUUUAGAAAAUAGUAGAAAUUCAAGAAUAGAUGAAAAUUCAGAAAAUAAUGAAAAUUUAGAAAUUGAUAAAAAUUCAGAAAAUGAUGAAAAUUUAGAAAGUAAUGGAAAUUCAAGAAUAGAUGAAAAUUCAGAAAAUGAAAAUUUGGAAAUUGAUAAAAAUUCGGAAUCAUCAAAAGGUUUAGAGGAGAUUAGAAAAUAUAAUGAAUCAAUCAAUUUAGAAAAUGAUAAUAAAAUUCCCCUAAAUAAAUAUGAAAAAGAAAAAUUUAAAAAGGAAUUAAUAAUUAACAAAAUUGAUAUGAAUAAUGAAGAUUCAUCAUCAGAAAAUUUUGGUGAACUUGAUUUUUCAGAUAAUUCUAUGAAUUCAGCUAAAAUUGAUGUUCUAAAACUAUCUCAAGAAAAUAAAAUAUUAUCAGAAAUUUUAAGAAAAAAAAAAAAGGAUUAUGAAAAUAUUAUAUUAAAUAAUUUUAAGGAUAAUAAAUUAUGCAGUUUACAAAAUGAUUCACUAUUUUUUAAUAGUCGAUAUAUACAAAAUGAAAAAGGUUAUUCAAACAACGACAAAGAUUUGGAAUGUAAUUUAUUUAUACCUUAUCAAAUAGGGAAUAAUUUAAAUAAAAAUACUACAGUGUAUAAUGAACAAAUGAAAAAUUCAAAUUUUGUAUAUAAAAAGAUAAACAAUUUUCCCGAAUUUUCUGAAAAACAACAAAAAAAAUACCAUAUGGCAAAUUCUAUGUAUAAUAAAAUGAAUCAUAUGGCAUACAGUAAUAAUAUUAUAAAUAAAAAUUAUUUAUAUGAAAGAAAUAAUAAUUCUUUAAAUGGUAAAAGUGAAUAUUGUAAUGAAAUAAAAAAUCAAAGCAAAUUAGCGAAUAGCAAAAAUCAUUUAGAAAGCUUUAACAGUAUAAAUGAUUUAUAUAAAAAUAGCAUUAUAAAUUCCAACUUUCAUUCAAUUAAUAGAAUAAAAGACAAAUAUAAUUUAAUUAAUUUACAAAAUGAGGAAUUAAACAAUGAAUUAUUAACAGAGAAAAUAAAUAGUAACUCUAAUUUUCCUUUUAUUUUUAUAUCAAAAAAAAAUUAUGAAGAUUUUAAUUCUUGUGAUAUAAAUAAUAAAGCUAAUUAUUUCAAGUGGCUUAAGAAUUUGAAUUAUCACAUGAAUUAUAAUGAUAUUAAUAAAUAUUAUGUGAAUAACAGUUUUUCUUAUGAAAAUACCAAUGAUAAUGAAACGAACAUACAAGAAAGUAUUCCAUCAAUUGAAGAAAAAUUAUGCAAUAUUAAUGAUAGUAGUGAAACAUUGAAAAAUCAUAAUUUAAAUCAUUUUAAUAGAAUCAAAUAUAAUAGAAAUAAUAUAAAUGCUUAUAAUGAUAAUAUAUUAAGAAAACAUUUGUCGCAUGAUUAUAUAACAAAAAAAAAAUCGUACAUUUCAGAUACCAAUUUAACGAACAUAUUUGAUCACAAAAAAAAUAAUUACAAAUCAAAUUCAUUUUCAUCAGAUCUAUUUUCAUCUAACAUUAUCUCUUCUAAUAAUAUUCAGAAACAUAAAAAUAAUUACUUUGAUAUAACAAAUGAAAAAUAUGAUAAUAAUUCUAGUAAAUAUAAUCAUUAUCAAUUUCAUAAUUUAUACAAAAUCGUAAAUUAUAAGAAUAUAUUGAAUAAUACUUUAUCAUCAAAUUAUAUAGACAUUAACUUUAAUCCAUCACUACUGCCUUAUAGUAAAUUCAAUAAUCCAUUUGAUAAAAUAAAACAAAUUAAUAAAAAAAAAAAAAAAAGAAUAAGGGAAACUGCUACUGAUACAGAAAAUACCAAUAACAGUUUUAAUGAUGAUUUAAUCAAUAGUAAUAAGCGCAUUAGUGUAAAUAAGAGCAACAUUAACAAUAAUAUUAAUAAAAACAAUAAUAAUGUUUUAGAAAAUGAUAAUAUAACUGAGAAAAAUAGUGAAAAUUUAAAUUUUAAAAAUGAUAGAGCUUGUAAAUCACAUAAAAUUUUUAAAAAAGAAAGUAAAGUUAAAAAAAAUAUAAGAAGAAAGAGAAUAGAAAAUAUUGUUCAGAAAAAUUGUAUUAAGGAAAAUAAUAUAAAAAAAAUUAAAAAAAAAUCAUCAAAUUUUGUUAGUAAUAGUAAAAAAAAUAAAAUAUUAAAUAAACAAAAGUAUUAUGAAAAUAAUGCUGACACAUUUUUAAAUGAUUUAGAUAGCUCACAUGUAUCUGAUGAUUUAUUAUUCCCAAUUAAGGAAAUAAAAAGUGAUGUCUGUAGUUUAGAAAACAUGAAUAUAAAAAAAUACGAUCUUAGAAGAAAACGAAAAAUUAAAUAUGCGUUACCAUCAUUAAAUAAAAAAUUAAGAAGAGAUAGUUCAAGGCAAAUAUUUGAUCCUUUUUUGUAUAAUAAUACAUGGAAAAUAAAAAAAAUGUAA